AUGAGAGCAGCGUGGAGCGUCUUCUUUCUUCUUUCUGUCUGUCUGCAGCUGGCAUAUGUGUUUUCCAGCACUCCAGCUCGUGCCCAUGCAGAAGAAAGACUCCUCCAGUGUUUGUUUAGCAACUACAACAAGCUCUCUCGUCCAGUAGCAAACAUCUCAGAUGUGGUUCUGGUCCACUUUGGCCUGUCCAUUGCUCAGCUCAUUGAUGUGGAUGAGAAGAAUCAGAUGAUGACCACAAACGUCUGGGUGAAGCAGGAGUGGAACGAUUAUAAGCUGCGCUGGAACCCAGAGGAGUAUGAGAAUGUCACCUCCAUCAGGAUCCCCUCCGAGAUCAUCUGGAGACCAGAUAUCGUGCUCUAUAACAAUGCGGACGGAGACUUUGCGGUGACUCACUUGACUAAAGCCCAGGUGUUUUACAACGGCAGGAUCAAAUGGAAACCUCCUGCCAUUUAUAAAAGCUCCUGCAGCAUCGAUGUCACCUUCUUUCCCUUUGACCAGCAAAACUGCAAGAUGAAAUUCGGCUCUUGGACGUACGAUCAGGCCAAGAUCGACCUGGUCAGCAUGGCCAGUGACGUAGACCAGAUGGACUACUGGGAAAGCGGGGAGUGGGUCAUAGUAAAUGCCGUCGGCACUUACAACAUCAAGAAGUACGAGUGCUGUACGGAAAUCUACCCAGAUAUCACCUACUCCUUCAUCAUCAGACGUCUGCCUCUGUUCUACACCAUCAAUCUAAUCAUCCCCUGCCUGCUUAUAUCCUGCCUGACGGUGCUGGUCUUCUACCUUCCCUCAGAGUGUGCGGAGAAAAUCACGCUGUGCAUCUCCGUCCUCCUCUCUCUGACCGUUUUCCUCCUGCUAAUCACGGAAAUUAUUCCCUCAACCUCGCUAGUCAUCCCGCUCAUUGGCGAGUACCUCCUCUUCACCAUGAUCUUCGUCACUCUCUCCAUCAUCAUCACUGUGUUUGUGCUCAACGUCCACCACCGUUCGUCCCGCACGCACAGCAUGCCACACUGGGUCCGCCAGGUGUUUCUACACCUGGUGCCCCGUUACCUGUUCAUGAAACGUCCGCCUGCCUCAGGUAAGAGGAACUGUGGGAAACUGAUCGAGAUGAUGCACAAGCCAAUGGCGUCACAGUCCAUGUUUCUGCGGAACAACAUUCUGGAUAUUUCUCCGCAAAGUCCGCACCCCCAUUUGGACGUGACCUCGGUUGCCCAGUUGGAUCAAAUUCAGCUGGACUCUUCCCCCAAACCCAUACUUUUCUGCAGUUCUCCCAGCAGCCAGUAUUCCAUCCUGCAAGAGGAAACGUCGCAAACACCUCAAACGCUGGCCCUCGGUUAUACAUGCGCAUUCACGAACAGCAUCUUUGCCUCAAGCACAACUUUAUUUCCAGAUACUAUCCUUGGUACUCUGCUACACACCAUACCGCAGGAAGGAGCUGAGUUUACAGACUGUGAUAUCCAAGGCCGGAGUGCUGAGAACGUCUUCAUCGAAGCCAAAGAGAGCAUUCUGGGAGCAGGGAGUUGUCAACACUGUCUUACAUCUGAGGGGUCUCAGAAGCUUGAUCACGAGGAAGCCGGGAGGUGUACCAGACAUAACUUGCCCAACGCCCAGAUCUUCAGCUCUAACAAUGACAGCACUACUGAUCUGAACGCAGCGCAGCCGGGGAGCAAUCUGUCGCAGUCCCUGCUUAAAGCCUUGGAAGGAGUUCAGUACAUUGCUGACCAUCUGAGAGCAGAGGAUUCAGACUUUUCAGUGAGGGAAGACUGGAAAUAUGUUGCCAUGGUGAUUGAUAGAAUAUUCCUCUGGAUGUUUGUGCUGGUGUGCAUUCUGGGGACCGUCGGACUCUUCCUCCCACCGUGGCUGGCUGGAAUGAUCUAGAUCCUCAUGUGGAGUCUCUGAUUGGCUCUGUGUA